AGGAGCCGCAGGAGAGUGAAGAUGGCGUCUGUCCGAGACAAAAUGGUCGAUACGAGCACCAGGAUCCGACGGUUUGCGACCAAUACGUGGAGUGUACUGAUGGCACUUGGAACUUGCUCAAUUGUUCCCCUCCACUCCACUACAGCUCAAAAAUAGGCCAGUGCACUUGGCCAUCCGAGGCCAAGCGAAAGGGUUGCAAGACGAAGAAGAAACGUCUUCCCGACGGUUUUGAGUGCCCAGAUGUAGACACCUCAACGUUGCCCGGGGCAGCCCCGAAAAACCCGAACCCAACGUUCUCACACAACACGAGCUGCACCCAGUUCUACGUGUGCAUCGGCGGAGUCGAACCCA